UAAAAAGACUGUUGCAUCUGGAGGACAGUCACUGAGACGCUGAAUGACAGCGAUGGCUCGUCUCACAACUCUUCUCGUUGCCAUGUGGCUUGGUGUGACAGUGAGCACAGUGGUUGAUCUGGAGAAGAGAAUCAUCAGAGGUCAUGAGUGUGAAGCAGAUGAGCGUCUGUACCAUGUCCAGCUGAAAUCCACUAAUGGAACACACGUGUCCAAGUGUGGCGGCUCUCUGAUCAGUAACCGGUGGAUUCUGACUGCAGCUCACUGCUAUAAGCCAGGACGGAAUGUCACUGCACAUAUAGGCGUGCAUGCUGGUACUCUUCAAAUAGUACGAAUCACAGAUCGACCUGUGAUCUACAUCAACAACAACCAGCAACACGACCUCAUGUUACUGAAGCUGCCUGAAGCAGUAGGUAUCACACCUGUACCACUUCCCGACUGUAAACAUCCUCCCAACAUAAGUGCUGUGGUUCAGAUUGCAGGUCACGCUUCCACGAAGGUUGGCCCAAAUAAUGCAAAACAACGUGGUUCUUCAGACACUCUGCAAUGUGCUGAUAUGGACGUCAUCGACUGUGAGACGUACAUAAGUGAUCUGCGUGAGAAAUUUAAAAAAUUUUACGAAGAGAAGAAACAUGAGCACUGGAUCUGUACCAGAAGACCUUUGGUGGAUGCAUGUUGCGGUGACUCUGGUGGAGGAGUGGUGUACAAGGACAAGAUUUAUGGUGUCAUUUCACAUGGUGAUACACAUGUCGCUGUUGACCCACUUGCAUCUAGCGACCUCUGUUAUGAGCCAUACUUGAACUGGAUCAGAGCUACUAUCGCCCGACCAUGA